AGUUGGAUAUCUGACAUUAUUGUGGUGGUCUCUCCUGAGAAUAUUGAGACAAUGAAGACUAUCACUCAAAAGUAUGGCCACAAAAAAGUUACGGUAGUAAAAGGUGGAAUAACUCGUCACCGAUCAAUUUUUAAUGGACUGAAAGUAUUUGCUGAGAAUGAGUUUUCCAGCUGUCUGCUUCAGAAACCAGAAGUAGUGGUUAUCCAUGAUGCUGUGAGGCCAUUUGUUGAAGAAGAUAUUCUGUUAGAAGUGGUUAUGGCUGCUAAAGAAUAUGGGGCAGCAGGAGCAAUUCGUCCUCUAGUUUCUACUGUUAUCGCUUCUUCUGCAGAUGGCUGUUUAGACCACUCAUUAGAACGUGCCCGGUAUAGAGCAAGUGAAAUGCCUCAGGCUUUCUUGUUUGGUAUAAUCUAUCAAGCAUACCAACAGUGUACUGACCAUGACCUGGACUAUGGAACUGAAUGUUUGCAUCUAGCUCUGAAAUACUGUAAAAUAAAGGCCAAACUUAUUGAAGGAACAGCUGACCUCUGGAAGGUGACCUACAAGCGGGAUCUGUAUGCAGCUGAAUCAAUUAUUAAGGACAACCUAUCACAACAAAUUUGUGUUAUUACUGAUGUGAAGGAAGAUGUGGUGCAAGUUGGUUUUCUCCUUCAUGAAUCUCUGAAAAGCCAAAUAAAAGUUGAAGUUAUAUCGAUAUCUCUGUUCGAAAAUGAUAGCCAUCUACAGAACAUGUUUUCAGGACAGUGCUACAAUUUUAUUUACAUACAUGAUAAACAAUCUGCAUUUCAAGAAACCCAGCUACUAGUGGAUAUGUUGGAAAAAUCAAAUAUUCCUCUCUUAUACCCAGUUGUUCUUAUUUCGGUGCAUUUGAAUAGUUCAGAAAAUGUUUCUUGCAGCAUUGAGAUGGAAGAACUAACUAGGAUCAAGAAAUUUGCAAGGGAAGUGAAAAAGAAGAAUAUUUGGGUUUAUGGUCUUGUUAUCCACUACAAGGACCAUUUGCCACUUCAGGAGGUGGUAAAUUCUGCUGCGGCUCUUAUCAUGGCAGUAAUAAAGGACAGAAACCCUGAGCUGAUUGGUCAGCUUUUGGUAGCAUAAGAUCAUAAUCAUUUGUAGCUUUUAGAAACGUUUCUUUUCACCAUGCAUUCACCAAAGGUCUUGAAACAUAUUUUACCCUUUGAUGAAAACUCUGGAUUUAUGACAUUUACUAUUAAGAUCUUUUAACAACAUAUUUUUAUACUUAAAAUGCAAGUCUAUGUUGUGUAUAUAAGUGUAAAGUGAAAUAUAAAUCAUUCUGAGAUGCACUGGAUACAUACUUUGAGGAAUAAUACUGAAACAUUUUUUUAUGAGAUAUCGAUCAUUUAAAAAGGUGCACAGAGGACACCAAAGCAUUCAGUCGCUGUGCAGAAUUGGCUUUGACACCAUUGCACGUGUGUUGUACUCUAAGACUGUAUUGUGAAGUUUUGUUUAAGUUAAAAUAAUACUUAAGCACAACUCUUGUUCUUUACAUGAAAGUAUUUUAAAAUUGCUGCUAUACCUAUUAGUGAACGUAGUGUUUAUUAUGCAGAAUAGCCUUUCUGAUGUCAAUGUGAACACACAUUGCAAUAAGUGUUUGUAGGCUCAGGUUCCUUUAUAAAAUUAAGGGUAUCCUUGCCUCAAAGAAAAGAUGUGCAUAUGGAUAUUGAAAUGCUACAGCCCAAUUUUCUGCAUAAGGUAUGCUCUGAAUGGAGCACUUCUUAGAUGCUACACUUCUUUUAGUACCCAUGUACCACCGUUCAGAACUUGCUCUGAUACCACUACUGAGGUACCCUCAGUGCAUGUGUGUGUGGAUAUGUAUGUGCAUGUGCAUGCACAUGCUUAUGGAGAAGGCAAAAGACCAAAAAAUAUUUUCCAACCUAACCUGUAGGUUAUGGAGAAAUAAGAAGAUUCUUUUGGUCUUUUCUUCUACACGAUUGCAAUUUUCAUCUCGUGCUGGUUAGCAUGUAUAUGUAUGGAAGAAAACUGAGUGUUUUAAGUUCAGCUAUACACUACAUUGAUAUUUAAGUGCUGAAGGUUGGGACAGAAGGGUUAAAAUGAUGAAUGGUGCAUGAAAGCAUCUGUCCCUCCCUACGCAUCAGAUUUUUGGAAAUUACUGCACCUCUGCUACUUGCAAAGGGGCUAGGUUAAUGCCUUAAGUACCUGCAGUGACGGGAACAGGGACUUAGUGAAAUCUUUCCAUCAUGAGUGUUCCGUUCUGUUUAUAGAGAGAGAGCGAGCUGUCAGUUCAGCUGCCUGACCGCUGCCUUGUUCUCAUGAGUACGAUUUCUCAUAUCUGGUAGCUAGGCACAAAGCCAUGACAUUAGAGAAUUUGCUGACUACGUCCUCAUGGGUCCUAGAUGUAGAAUAUAAUUUAGCCAGUCUUAGCCAGAAAAAAGAAAUAGGCAGACCAAGUAAAGCAGAGAAUGUCUAUCUUGAUGGCAUUCAGAAUGGAUCCUUCUCCGUGCUAGGUAAACCUUCAAAAACCCAUCUAUGUCAAGUAAGGCUUCCAGUUUUGAUCAAGAAAUUUUUCUCUCUCCAAUAUCUAGCAAUGGCUGUGGAAAUUUCUUUCCUGCAGCUCAGCUCUUCAAGAGGACAGAGUGAGAAAAGCUCUGAGCAUCGUGGUUCGGUAACACAGGGUCUUUUGUGGCAGUACACACUGAAAGAGUUCCCCGUCUUCCAGCCCUACUUCUGCCGUGUUCCUCUCCCUGUGAUGCUCAGACAAAACUUAGUGAAGAGUAGGAUGAUCCAAGGCUGGUUUCUUUUUAUUGUUUUCCUGUGCUCUGCUCUGUUCCCCACUCCUCUUCCUUUCUUUUUUUCAUUCU